AUGCCUGUAACGAGGUCCACGACAGGGAGGCUACAGCGCGGCGGCCUAGAACAGAGGCCUACUGAAGAAUCGUCGGCCGCCGGCGCCACCGCCUCCACCGCCACCGCUACAGACUCCGACACGCAAACGCCGUCAACCGCCGUGACAGCAUCAACAUCGACGGGUGUGUCCACCGGAGUAUCGACGCCGCCCUCGUCUGCCGCCAGGGUGGAUAGCGCCUCGCCCCCCAUAACAGGGGGGGCACCGCUCCCUGUGUUCGGGGGAGUACCGCCACCGCCCUCCACUGCCGCGAGGGUGGUUACAGCUGCUGCCGGAACGCCCUGCCCACCGUCAUGCAUCCGGGCUACUCCGCCAGCGUCUACAGCAAGAUCGAAGGCCAAGUCAUUAAAGGCACGCCGCAUCGCCGAAGCGAAAGAAGAAUUAGCGUGUCGUCAAGUUGAAAUCGCCGAAGCAAAAGAAGAAAUAGCACGUAGUAAAGAAGAAAUAGCACGUCGUAAAGCUGAACUCGCCGCCGCCCGUCUCGCAGUUAUUGAAGCUGAAUCCGACACCGAUGAUGACGACGGCAGCAUCAGUACCGAGAUGGAGAGUACGCUCAAGGUCGACUCGUGGCUCAAGACACAGCAGAAUGUACUGGCCAUCAAGAACGAGCCUCACUCCGCGUCAGCAGCACCACCACCGCCAACAGAAGCUGCUGAGGAGUCCAGACAGCAUGAUGAGGACUACGUUCUACCGCCGCCAGUCGCCACCGCCGUCGACCCUGCCUCCACUGCCGCCGUCCCUGUCGCUCAGCCGCGGACAAGCGACUCUGUGAGCCUCACUGCCCUCGCCGAAGCUAUUGCUCUAGCUGCAAGAGCCGGGGCGCCGCCGCCACCACCACCGCCACCGGCUCCGCGUCACAUUAGUGAGCUACCGUACUUUAGUGGCGCGCCGCACGAGUGGCUACAGUUCAAGACCGCCUACUACGAGUCCGCCGCAUCACUCGCGCCCUGCGACAACAUGGGGCGCCUACGUCGAUGCCUGAAAGGAAGAGCGAAGGAAGCUGUCAGCCGCCUGCUCAUCACCAGCACGACGCCCGAGAACGUGAUGAAGUCACUCGAAUUGUGCUUCGGGCGCCCGGACAGCAUCGCGCUCGCCGAGUUGGAACGUCUGCGCGCACUACGCCGGCCUACGGAUAUCGCUACAGAGUUCUGCUUCUUUGCAAACGAAGUAAGCAACAUUGUGACGACACUUCAAGAGCUGCACCGCGACCGCUACCUCAACAAUCCCGAGAUCACGCAGCUCACAGUCGAGAAGCUCACAGCCGCCCACAAGCUUCGCUGGUUCGACUUCUCCGCCGCACAGUCGCCCGAGGAACCCGACCUGCUGAAGCUCAGCCGCUUCCUCACUCGGGAAGCCUCGAUAUGCGGGCCGCACGCACAUGAGAAGACGUCGAGCAUCGCCUACGAACCGAAGCAGCAGCAACAGCAGCAGCAGCCGCACCGCGCACAAUGGACAUACGCAACAACAGAACAGAAACCUACGUGUCCAGUGUGCUGCAACAGGGGCCACAACCCAACAGAAUGCCGCAAGUUCGUCGAAAGUGACGUCGACUCACGCUGGCACCUAGCGAAACAGAGAAGGCUCUGCUUUAGCUGUCUACGCUACCACAGCAAGACGCACCGAUGCAGAAGGAAGAAAUGUGGCGUCGACGGCUGCGAGAGGUUACAUAACCGACUGCUACACUUCGUGCGAGCCGACAAGCCCGAAGCCAAGAAAACAGACGCAGUCGCCUCUACGUGGACACCAAUGCGAACGAAAGCGUAUCGCAAAAUAGUAAAGGUCCAAGUCUCCGGACCGGCGGGAGCGGUCGACACAUGCGCGCUCCUAGACGACGGAUCUACAGUAACGCUCGUCGACAGUGAAAUAGUACAGAAAAUCGGAGCCAGGGGGCCCAUAGACCCUCUCUAUAUAGAAGGUGUCUCCGACACAAGCGUCGACGAGUCCGCAUCGCGUCGCGUCGCACUCACUCUCACGGGUGCGAGCGAGACGCAUAUAGUCAACGCACGCACAGUACAGAAGCUGCACCUCGCCGCACAGCGUGUCACCGAGCGAGACCUCGCCGGCUGCCCUCACCUGGAAGACAUCCAGCACGAGCUGAAGUACACAGACAUGAAGCCAGGUCUGCUCAUCGGGCAAGACAACUGGCACCUGCUGAUGGCGGCAGAAGUACGAGCGGGACAGCGACACCAACCAGUGGCUUCACGCACACCACUGGGCUGGGUGUUACACGGUGCACACACAAGCACAGUGGGACAGCGUGUGCACUACGUGAACAACAUCGUCAGCAUCGAAGACAGCAUGGACGAGCAGCUGAAGAGACACUUCGCGCUCGACUCACUGACGAUCACAUCGAAGAAACCGAAGCCCGAUACAGAAGAGCGAAAACUCCAGGAGCCUACUACCUGGCACGGCGGUCAAGGUUUGCGACGUCAUCAUGGUGGCAGACAGCAACCUACCACGCAAGACGUGGCCGAAAGACUUGGUCGCGGCUGCCUACCUAGGAGAAGACGUUAUCGUACGAACAGCCGACGUCCAGACCUACGGAAGGACCCUCAGAAGACCAACCAAGCAGCUGGUGAUCCUGCCUACAGCUCCAGUCGUUUCGACCGAAGAGUUCAACGCCCUGCAGGCGAUGACCGGCGGGAGAGAUGUACGGAACGACUAAAAGAAGUUUUGUUUUAUUUGUAA